AGAACUGGGGAAGAUGAUCCUGAUGCAGCCUCAGGCGCGGGCAGUGCUCCAGAUUCUUGUCAAUCGAUCCCGAGUGAUUUCUAGCAAGCAGGAGAAGCCUCUGGAGAUUGAUUUCCAUCUGGUGGAGUUCAACGAUGUCCGCUACCACAUCCUGUCCGUUGCCAAGGAGCCACAUUACAUGACGCUCUCGCUCGGACUUCCACUUCCAGCUCCCGAGACUGUUUUCUCUGGUGAUCUUCCACUAGGUGCCGUGGAAGCUGUGCGGGGCGCUUAUGGAUCUCUCGCACAAGUCAAGGAACCACCGGAGAUGGGCUACAACUUAACUCUCCGGAUCGAUCUUUCGCAGCUUCCAGCAGACGAGGAGGAUUGCUUGCAGGUUUUGACGAAGUUUGCUUCGGUUCGCUCGGUCGUGCUUGGAGCUCCACUUCGAGAGAUUUUGAAGCACCUAGCGAUGAACACCGUGUCGCCUGACGCCGACCGCUUGACUGCUCUAAUGCACCGUCCCAGAGAAUCCUGCUUCCUCGUUCCACAGGCUGACAAAGUGACCGUGAUUUUUCCUAUGCGUUUCAAGGAUGCCAACGACGCUGUUCUCGCCACGUCUUUUCUCCAGGAGUUUAUGGAAGCUAGACGAACUGGGGGUUUAAACACAGCUCCUCCAUGCCUGUGGUCUUCAAAUCCUCCAGCAGAACUUCAGGGAGUUUCCGGUCUCGCCCUCGAUGCGAACUGCGGCUUUGUUUCAAUUGUUAUCUUUGCGAGGCAUGUCGAGGGCGACAAAUUAGAACGAACAGUGUGGAACCUGUCGACGUUCCAUGCCUACGUGAGCUACCAUGUCAAGUGUUCCAAGGCUUUCAUGCACACGCGGAUGAGAAGACGAGUGGAGAGCCUUAUUCAGGUUCUCAACAGAGCCAAGCCCGACUUAGAGAAGGAUAAGAAGACCGCUCAAGGCCGAUCUUUCAAGAGAUCAGUGUAAAAGUAGCACAAAAUCGGAGUGUACUAGAUCCUUACGCGCCAAGGAAACACGUUCGUCCCAUUGUAAUCAUAGCUCUAGAUAGAUCGCGAAGAAGAAAGUGGUCGCGGAGCUCUCGCUCGAGCGCCUCACAUUUCCAAGUCA